CCCUGCUGCCCUGUCUCCCUCUGCCUCUCCCUCUCGCUGCUUGUCAGCACAGCUCUUUGCUUCUCUACAGGAGCAGUUACUUAUUUUUACAUCUCUGCCCUUCUCGUGUCCUUCGGCCGUGGCGAGAACGGCAGCGCUUGUGGGAGCCUGUCGCAUAGGCUGUCCUGCCUGACAGGCAGAGUGCAUGGCAGCAGCUGGAAGGGAGUGGAGGAGGCAGAUCCAGGGAGAGGAUGUGAGGGCAAAAAAGGGGCUGAGUCUAGAGAUGGGACCAGCGCCAACUUCUCAUCGAUUGAGCUAAGCAGUUUGAGCUCAGAGGCUGCAGGCGUUUUUCUGCUUGUGCGCGGGCACCGCUGCCAAGGCCAGCUGCAUUUCUCUGCUGUUUCUCUUCUUGGGGCAGCUGCCUUUGUCACCUGACUGCAAAGGCACCCGGGACCCUGCACCACUCAGCGCUGUCCUGUGCUCUGCAGGGAGAUGGAGCCGUAGCAGGAGCUACCGAUGGAGGGCAUGGUGCUGCACCAAAGGAGUCAGGAGAGGAAGAUGCCAGACGGGGCAGGAGCUGCUGGGCUAGAGCAGCUGCAGAAAGGUCCUCCCCCGAGCCACCAAGUGGAGCAGCAGGAACUCCUGGGAGAGGAGAGCUGUGCCCUGGAGAAAGGUGAGCAACUGGGGCAAGGGGACAUGUCAACCCUGGAGGCGGCAGAGCCAGGGAAACAGCUGCUGAAUGGAACCGGGAGCCAGGGGCCCCCGGAGCAGGAGGAGAUGCCCAAGGGACAAGACCCAGGGCCUACAGUCCUGGACGCUGAUGGAAAUGUUGCCUCAGGAGAAGCGAUACCGAGGGCCUUUUGGAGAGCUACCAAGGGGGACCCCGAGCCCUCCGAGGAGGGGAGGAAUGAGGAAGCCCUGAUGGGGGAGCUCUCGGAGCUGGUGCACAAGGUGGUGAAGAGCAGCACCUGGUGGGAGAGAUACGGCGUAGACAACUGCAUCAUUGCCCUCAGCCUCCUCAUCCUUCCUGCAGGGUUUUUAUGCCUGCGUUCAGACAACACCUUGCCUUUCCUGUUGGGCAUCUUCAUCCUCGGCAUAGCGCACCAUACAGUAGCGGUGAAAGCAACCCACUUGGCCAGCCACAAUGCCUUGAUGGAGUCCAAGACUUGGGGAAAAGUUUGGGCCAUAUUCUUCAUUGAGGUCUGUUCAGCUUUUACAGUUGAACAGGGAAUCUACAACCACGUGAAAAUCCACCAUGCAUACACUAAUGUUAUUGGCCUGGGCGACUCCAGCAGCUGGAAGCUUCCUUUCUUGAACCGAUAUGUCUACAUGUUCAUUGCACCCAUAGCCAUCCCUAUUUUAACCCCUCUAGUAGCACUUGAUUUACUGAGGAAUGUCAAGUUGGCAACAGCUCUCCGGACAGUCUGCUGCAUGUUUCUGGGUCUCUACUCCCAUUACUGGCUCCUGCUCAAUGUCUCCGGGUUCCAGUCAGUGUGGUCCCCCCUCCUCUGCAUGUUAAUGACACGGUCACUCCUGGCCCAUCCUUUUCUCCACGUUAACAUCUUCCAGCACAUUGGCCUCCCCAUGUUCGCAGUGGAUAAGAAGCCCAGACGGAUUCACCUGAUGAGCCUUGGUGUUCUGAACCUGCCCCGGAACAUCUUGCUGGAUUGGUCUUUUGGGCACUCGCUCAUCAGCUGCCACGUGGAGCAUCACCUCUUCCCACACCUCUCGGACAACAUGUGCCUGAAGGUAAAGCCCAUAGUCUCUCAGUACCUGAAGAAGAAGAAGCUGUCAUAUAAUGAAGACACCUACAUGUCCAGAUUCAGGCUUUUUCUGCACAACUAUGAGGAACUGAUGGUCUACGCCCCUCCAAUAACAGAACUUGUGGGGAUUCAGUGAUGACAGACCGUGGAACACUGUCAGGACAUCCGUGGGUCUGCCCAGUGGGAAGGCUGGUUCUGACAAUGUGAAGAAGUUGAGAACCAAAGACAUCUGCCCUUAUAAAGCAAUCAGAGAGGAAAUGAGUUUAUUCCAAAUAUCUUGCUUUUAUAUAGAUAAAGACACACAUAGGGAACAAAACAAUAACAGCUGAAUAAGGAAUAGCAGCUGACCAGUGAUGGGGGAAAGGGAAUUAUGUAGCGCCAUUACAUUAGUACCCACUGGGAAUUUACUGGGAGGAUCAGUAGCUGGCAUUUAGUUUUCCUCCAUUCUGUUUUAACUCUUGAUUCCUGAUUUCUGUUUUGUGGUGUCUCUGGAGCACAGGACUGGGAGUCCACUAUGGAGGGAUUUCCAGUUCAGUUCCAGUGUGCCACGGGCAGAAGGAGCUGGGAAGCUGGCAGUACAUAGUCUCUUAACUCUAAGGCAGCGGUUCCCAAACUGUGGGUCAU